GCUGUAGUAGGACGACGUCCCAGCAGUGCUCCGCGUCAGCGCUCCACGUCAUCAUCGAUAUCGUGUCGUCGGUCAUCGACAUGCCCAUCGCCUCGACAUAUCGAGCACGGCUCCACGCCAUUGGCCGCGGCUAAGAUCCUUGUAGUCAAUGCAUCACUGCAUCUGUCCUUCCCGCUCGAUCUGGAUAACCAGAUCUUCUCGGUCUACCAAUGCCACGUGGCAACACGUGGCAAUUUGACCAGUCCAUCAGAGUAAAGAGCUGUCUGCAGAUCAUCCUCGUUGUCUGUUGCCAUAGCUUAAAAGUUUUCCCGCGCGCUGCGUCUGUGCACGUGCGUGUAGGUGUCUCCCCCUGUGCGUGCCUAUGGAGAUGACGUGAGAGAGAGAGAGAGAGAGAGAGAGAGAGAGGUGUUGGGAUGUCCUCUUUCAGAACCAAACAGUCAUCCAGGCGCUCAACCACCGAUCGGCGAAGGGGUCAAUGAUUGAAUACGCAAAUCAAAAAAUUAGUCGGCCAUCCAAUCAACCCAAUCAAUAUUUCAAUCAAUCAUUCAUCAAGCAAUCAAUCAGUAGGCCCUGUCAGUAAAGUUUUGGAUUGUUGAUCGUGUCGGCACUACCUCUUCCGAUAAACACGUGGCCGAAUCUCCACUGCCUCUUCCAAUUGGGGUGACUUUCGAGGAUGGCGCUCGCUCAAGGGGCGGUUUGCUGUCAUUGUUACAGCGGCACCAAGGUGAGGAUCCCGACACAGCGCGCAGCAGCCACGGGAAGCAAAUCCUUCCUCAGGUCUUCAUCCCCUGAGUCAUCUUCUCCAUCUUCGACGUCGAGUAGCCGUGGCAUUCGUGCUGAAAGAAUGGUCAUGGUGAUGGCUGCAGCGUCCGCCACGUGUCACAAGGCGAGGGCUUCCUGUGCGGAUUGGGAUAUGAAUUGCCUAUCUCUGAGAUGCGUGCUUGCGAGGGAUUUUUCCCGCGAGGCUCGCUCCUUCUCUUCCUCCUCCUCCUCCUCCUCCUUCUCUCCCUUGCCUUCCGUUACAUCAAGCCCACGUAAGCGCGCCGUUUGCUCCCCUUAUCAGGUCAUCAUGUACAUUAAGGACGAGCAAAAGCGCUGCGUGGUCGCGACGAGUGGCGCUUGCAGACACGUGGCAUCGGGUCGGGAUCGCGUCGGGCUGGUGACAAGCAUUAGAUGGGGGAGGGGGACCACCACCCAAGGGGGGGGCGGCGGCGGCGGCGGAGGAGGAGGAGGAGGAGGAGGGUGGUGCCGCGGUGGGGGACAAAUCGGAUUUGUCAAGAGAAGCAAGGGGCUAGGCGCGGAGUGGUGUGUAGUGCGAGCGGAUGGUGGAGCGAGUGGGGGAGGAGGGGAGUUGGGCGGCGGUGGUGGGGGGGGACCGGGAGAGGGAGGGGGGGAAGAGCGGAGGCGAGCGCGGAGACCGAGGGAGAUGCAGAGGAAGGCCGUAGGAGAGGGAGGGGAAGUCGCAGGAACCGUGUCCACGUCAUCCGAUUCCCCAACUGCAACGUCCUCCUCGUCUGCCACGUCGUCGGAUCGAGCCGCUGCCUCCGCCGCCUCCGCCGCCGGCGGCGAUUCCGCGCGAACACGGAGUGCUAAUUCGGCGGCGGCGGAAAAGAUGCGAAUCAACGGAGGAGGAAACGGGAGAGCGGGAGAGGGAGGUGGAAGUGGAGGCGAUAGGGAGAACAACAACUUCAACCACUCUUCUUCUGCCACGUCGGCAGAUUGGGUUCCUAGUUGGCUGAAUCUCUCGUCGGAGGAUGUGAAAACCGUCCUCGUUGCCUUCGGCCUCUCUCUCCUCUUUCGAUGGUUCAUUGCCGAGCCCAGGUUCAUCCCCUCUCUCUCUAUGUAUCCCACCUUCGAGGUAGGUGAUCGGAUCAUCGCCGAGAAAGUGUCUUACUAUUUUAGGAAACCAGAAGUCAAUGACAUCGUCAUUUUCAAGGCGCCACGUGUCCUCCUCGACAAGGGCUACAGCUCCGCCGAAGUAUUUAUCAAGAGGAUAAUCGCUAAAGGCGGGGACACCGUGGAGAUUCACGACGGCCACGUCAUCGUUAAUGGGAUUGCGCGGGAGUUUGAGCCUUUCAUUGCCGAGCCCCCUGCUUACGAAUUAGGUCAAACCUACAUUCCACCGGGAUUUGUGUUUGUGUUGGGCGACAACAGAAAUAACAGCUACGACUCUCAUUUGUGGGGACCACUAGAGGAGAAGAAUAUCAUCGGUCGGUCUGUGCUUCGUUAUUGGCCGUUAACGAGGCUAGGAAAGACGACGUUCGAGAUGAUUCCAGAGUCAGAAUUGACCGAGGCUUCUUCACCAAUCUCUGGUCUUGUAGAGGGAUCCUCAGCGCCAGUCUCUCUAUCCUCUCCCUCUCCCUCCUCCUCUUCCUCCUCCUCCUCCCCUUCCUCCUCUUUGUCUGUGUCCUCCUCCCCUGUUUCUUCUCUCCCUUCCUCGAGCCACGAAUGGAAAGCUGCUGGCCCACGCCCUAGCACGGCUGGGGGUUUAAGCUAUUAUACAACACCAUCUGUGUCACUGGCGAUACCGAAUGAACCUGGACCAGCAUCAGGACCCAAAUCCGUACCUGGACCAAUUGUGUCUUGGCCAACCUCCUCCUCCACCUCCUCCACCACCUCCUCCUCCUCCUCCUCAGAGACUUCGGCUAGGAUACGUGCUCCUUCCCCCCCCCCCCCAACCUCCUUUACCCCCCCCCCUCUCCCCCUUGCUAACCUGCUUUUGACGUCAACAACGUCUUGAGCUUCCUCUGCUUCCUCGUUCUACAAAGAACUCGCCGAAUUCUGCUUACAUCCCCAAUACCAAGU